ACUGUCUGUUAAAGGGUUAGUGAUGAGAUCACAUAAUGUGCACCUGCACAGACUAUGUAUGGAUAGCUAAUAGCAAGAUAAUAGCUAUAAUUAUAUUGGCCCUUUGACCCUUCUCAACACAUGCAGAAGUUACUUCCAAACUGAGGCUGCAUGUAUAGCCACUAUAACACGCAGGAAGAUUGUAAGAAAAAAGGUCACUGUAGCUACAGCAUGGAGCCUGCCUAUUAUCUAUGCUUCAACGGUCAAAAGGACAAAUUAGGGUCAAUACAAGACCCAUAACAUGACAUAAUUAUUGCCCUGUGCGUGCGCAGCAGGGGUAGAGUUAUUGGUGUGUGUGUGUGGACAUAAAAAUGUGCUGUUUGAGUGAACUAGACACUUCUGACUGCUAAUGAGAAAGUGGCUGAAAAUUAAUAGGCUACAUAUUACUUGUAGGUGAUCUUUGAAGGCGACCAAAAAAACUGUUUUCUAAUACAGUAGUUGCUUUAGAUUCACGAUCAUUCCCCAUGCAUAAUGUUAAGGUCAUUACAGUAAAAAGUUACCGUAAUCGCUGUGCGAUGAAGCUCAACGCAUAGGGUAAAGGCUCCAUAAGCAUCUUGUUAUAAAUGCCAUAAUGCACAUCAGCAGGAAAACUAUAUCCAAAGAGAAGAUAAAAAUGUUCAUCAAAAUACUAUGUGCUACUACAAUGUUGCUACAAAAAAAGCAUCUUGGUGCCAUUAUAAUGAUGCAAACAAAGCGUCUCAAAGGACCAGGUAUCUAUAGCAUGUCACACUUGCAUGCAUUUUACUUAACAUGUACAGGUGCCGCGCAAACAAGAUUCAAGGAAUUCAGUGCUUUGGUGUGGCAAACAAUGCAUCUCAAGGGGUUAGGCGUUAUAGUGGUGCGAAGAAAAUACCUCGUCCUGUCGGCUGCAUUGGCAGCAAUAACAGGUGUUGGAGUAGCGGUCAUAGCAGGCGUGAUCAUGACAAAGAGAAGAUCUAACGAAAACAGAGGUUCCUAUGGAAAACUCUAACUAUAUAUAGAUCUUUGCUGACCGAAUGAUUCAGUAGUUUGUGAUUCCACUGAUUGACAAUAUAAAUUUAAUUAUUAAUCACAAGU